AUGGGAGCACAGGUAGAUACAGAAAAAGAAAAGGUAAGUUUAAAAUAAUAGCAUUGACUAAUAUCAGUUCGACGCGCAUUUCGGCGUGUUCAAUACGCCUUUGUCAAGAGCUACCUGACAUGUGAAUUAGGAACCGCUUAUAAAGGAGUGAGUACACGCCCCUCAAGGUGAAGCCUCCAAUCAAAACGCUCUAGUUCAAGAAGAGUGACAGAUUCCUCCCCAAUGAUCUGGACCAAUCAGAGGAGGGGGGCGUAGUAACCACAAUCUCCGUGUCUAAAAAAGAGGGAGGGGGUAAGGGAGUGGGGAGGGAUCAAACGUAAUCACUGUAAAGCGGAAUGGAAUGAGGUACAAAGAUAAAAUGAACCGGAACAAAAUAAAACAAAAUACAGAACGGUAACAUAUGAAUAAAUAAAUGAAAUAGUAAUAUUAUUAUUAUUAUUAAAGAUGGUACAUCCGUUCAAGCCCGUUGGAAAACAAUUGUUACUUUAAUAUUUACUGACACUGUUGCCAUGAAGUUCUAUGAAUGUAACAAAAUGUUGCAGAAUCAUACAAGUAACCAAAAAAGGAAAAUCAUAGAGCGUACCAACUGUUAAAGGGAAUAUAGAAAUGAAAUAAAUAACAUCUAAACAAAUAGUCCCUAGACCUUGACUAUUAUUAACCCCCAUCUCAAUGGUCUGGGAACCUUAUAUAUAGAUAAUAUCUAGAGCAAUGGUAUAAAUUCAUGCAGGGUGUAAAUUAUCUAUUUAGUUCCAUCUAAACAGUCCGGCGUCACUAGUUCAUUUAUCACAAUGUCUGAAAGCAUUAAGUCAGUGCACCGACGGAGGUUUAUACUGGAAAAAAUCUGGAUAAUAUAGGUGACCAACAUACAGCAUUUGAACUUAUAAAUUACAAUAAACCGAAAAAGAAGUGUAUGAGACCAUGCUUACUGGUCAAAUGGUCCCUGGGAAAAAUGCAAAGAAGUACAAGUUAGACCAAGCAUAAUAAAAUAAUACAGAAAGUCCCUUAAAGGACUAGAUACAAAUUCCAAAGCUGAAUUUACUGCUCAUGAAAAAAGGGAUUAUAAUAGUUAUGGUUCAUAUUAAAUAUACAGUGAUGUAAGGAGGAGGCAAAACAGUAACUGAAUAAGGGUACCUAAAUUCACAUGUCAGUGUAAAGAUUAUUAAUUUACCAUGAAAUGUAUACUGAAAAUGAUCACUACAACUAAAUUUACUAGAUAAUAAGGCCAGUUUGAAGGCUGUAGAUACAGUGUGUAAGCUAAAUAGUAAAGAAUGUACAGUAAGAUGAAUGAGAUCAAUUAUCGAAUGAAUCAAAUAAAUGGGGAGAAAGAGAAUCCUUCGUUAAGACCUCUUGGAUUAAGGGUAUUCAAUUUAUAAAUCCAUCUACAUUCUUUUUGACGUAGAAUUUUAUCAAAAUCCCCCCGUCUCUGUUCACGUUUAACAAGCUCCAGGCCACAGAAACGUAUAUGUCUUUAGAAGACCCACCAUGCUGUUCCUUUAAAUGUCUUGAGAUGGGGGUGUCAAGUCGAUUCUUGGGGGAUCUAACGUGUUCCUUGAUACGUUCUUUGAAUGGCCGGAAGGUUUUGCCUACAUACAUCAAUUUGCAACUACAGGUAAGUAGAUAAACCACCCCUGCAGAAUUACAAUUAAAGAAAUUAGUAAUUUGAAAGGAUUGUUUACCUUCGCUAUCGCUCACUUCUUUUGAAUCUCUGAGAAUGUACUUGCAGGCUACACAUCUUCCACAGCCAUAUGAUCCUACAAGGAUUCUGCGUCCGAACCAAAUAGUAUUAAAGGAUUGUUUAAUUACGAAGUUGCUGGCUACAAGGAUAUCACUAAGGUUCUUACCCCUGCGGGCCGUGAUGGUAACUUGUGGGCCCAAAAUUUCUUUCAGAUGGGUAUCCUUGAGUAAAAUAGGCCAGAAUUUUUGAAUAGAGCGUUUCACCUCGUCCCAACCUAUGUCAAACGUGCCAAUCAUCCUAAUAGUUUUGUUGGUAGCCUUAUUUGACACGGGAGGGUCUGACAGGAGAUCUGCCCUGUCGGUUGUCAAUGCUCUAAAAUUGACCCUCUUGAGAAACCUGUUAGGGUAGCCCUUCUCUUUGAAUUGUUGUCUCAUGAUUUUGGCUUUAAUUUGAAAGUCCUUUAAAUCUGUGCGGUUACGUCGUAAUCUGAGGUACUGUCCAGUGGGGAUACCCUGUUUUAGAGGGCUUGGAUGGAAACUAUUCCAUUUGAGAAGGGAGUUGGAUGCGGAGGGUUUCCUAAACAGAGAGGUCUUAAGAGAACCAUCCUUAGAGAAUGAAAUUGUGAGGUCAAGAAAGUUCAAAGACAAACCACCAAACUCCGCAGUGAACCUGAGAUUGUCCUUGUUAAUGUUGAGGAGGGACACGAAGCUGUCAAACUCUUUACUAUUACCCUGCCACACUAAAAUGACAUCAUCAAUGUAUCUGUACCAAAAAAGAAUUUUGGACAGAAAAGGUAACAGAUGAAUAGAUGUCUUAAUAUGUUCCUCCCACCACCCUAGGUAGAGGUUGGCAUAAGAGGGUGCGCACGUGGUACCCAUUGCCGUGCCCUGUAUCUGGUGGUAGUACUUAUUGUGGAACAAAAAUAAUUGUGGGAUAGAAUACAUUUCAGUAGUUUGAGAGUAAAGGUGGUAUGUGCUUGCUGUUCAGGGCCCCUUUUGUCAAGAAAGUGUUUGACAUGCUCAAUACCCCUAUGAUGUGGGAUAGAGGAAUAUAGCGCCUCAACAUCAAGGCUACAUAAAUAGGCCGUAGGUUCAAUAUGAAGGUUCGAAAGAAGGGAAAGUGCCUGCUUGGUAUCUCUAAUAUAGGAGGGUAAAAGUUCGACAAAUGGUCUGAGAAUCUGGUCAAUAUAAAGGCUGCCGUUUUGGGUUAAAUUAUCAACCCUAGGGGGCGGAGCUUGACCGCCAAGCGGAGUGGACGCGGACUGCAUGAGCUCCUGCCCGACGGGCAAAAUCAAACGAAGAACCCACAAUUAAAAACCCACAGACAUAUCAGGGUGCACUCCCCAAGCUAGGGGUGCACCACAUAAGCGACAGUCACACGCCCGCCGCCCAUCGGGGCCGGGAGCACUGGACGCCCUCCGUGGACUACAGGAGCCGGCCGCUUCCCCCGAGCUCGGAACAACUCGGCAAACAACUUACCCGCCCCCCCGGACUGGUAGGAGUCAUCUCGGUCCUCCCCAGCAACAACAAGCACACUGGAGGACGGGCCGCGCAGACUGUAGGGGUGCAACACAGCCAAGGCACAGACAAGAUGGCGGCCCAGCACAGGCCCCAGACGAAAGACACAGACACCCAGCCAUCACUCCAGCCCAUAGCAGCACUAGAUCGGCUCUGUAAAAGCUUUUGGGCAAUACUCCGCAGCAGCGGAGCCACACACGUUCAAGCUAUGAGAGCAGUGGCCACCAGAUGCCGCCAUUAUGACGCCAUGCUGAGGGUCCGCAGAACAACUGCCCGGUGGACCAGCCUCAAACGACCAGCAAAACAGGAAACAUUACCCGGGCAUACGGGCGCAAACACCCGACCUCACCCACGCAGGAACCUAAGUGCUGCACAGGCCCCACAAGCAAGUUCCUCGCUGUGCCCGAGACUCAGAGCCCAGCGCGGCAUUCUGGGGCCCUCUGCGGUUGCAGCCGCCUACCGGAUCACAGUGAGCAUGUCCACACUGACACCCGUUGGAGACUCUGAAUCACAGCAUAGAGGUGCCACUGAAUCCACCUGUCAACACAGAUUGGGCCCACAGGAACACCUGAAUCGCCUUACAGGGAACGCAAUCAAAGCAUCCAGAACAGGCAUCGGCUGA